AUGGCCGCAAUAGCUAGCACUGCCGUAGCGCAAAACAGCUCUGCAGUCCUCACCAUCCCUUUCUACGGCUACGACCAACAAUCCAUCGUUGGCUCUGUCGUCGCCACGAGCGCUGGAGUGUCAACAAUAGCGCUAGCAUGUGCUCCAGGUACCGAUGGGAAUGAUUGUGGCCUCUUCCCUUACGAGACCCUCACCAUCGGACCAUCUACUUACAACAUAUACAUGUCUGACGAUCAGUUCACUGGUACUCAGAUGUGCGAUACAGCUGGCGUAUGCACCGAGAGUGCAGCGGGCGCAUCGGCGAACUUCCCAGGUGUAAGCACGACUUCCUACGCUGCGAACGAGACUGCGAACAUUCCUGUCACGAUCACGGCUGGGGCUGCUCUUCUAGCUGGAAGUGCUCCCGCGACAGCGACAUCGGGAGGCACAACAUCUAGUCUGUCUUCCGGGAGUGGGAGUGGUGCGUUGGCUACUUCUUCGAUGACAGCUUCGCAAAGCAGGUCAUCCGGUGGCGGCUCGCAGAGUGGAGCGGCUGCCAGCAGUACGCAGAGCACCACAGGAAGCGUUACUGGCAGCGCUGUCGUCCCGAGCGGCACGUCUGGAGCGGAAGCUUUGGCAGUUGGAGUAGUGGGACUUGGUGCAGGCUUGCUUGCGUUCCUGCUAUAA